CGUUGUUAUCGUUAAACCGAUUAGGAUGCGUUAAUUUAAUAUAAAAUGAGUUGAACUUGAGAAGGAAGACAUUCAGUGAAAUAUUGUUUUCCAACGUACUUGCUCUCUGCAAUUUAUUAUAUCAUGGAGCCUAACGUAUCAACCUCCAGUUUUUUCAACGACUGUCGUGGAACAUCUUUGCGUGGAUCUAAGCGAUAUAAAGCAACAACGAUUUGGAAUGAGUUACUUAACGCAUUCCGCGAUCGGCUCAAUUGUAAGAAACACAGAAGAAAUUUAAAGACUUAUGACAACUGUUUUACUGGAUCGGGAGCCGCUGAUGUCAUGCAUUCAGUUUUACUUGAAAAUGAGAAUGUUUCUCAAGAUGUAACAAGAUCACAGGCAAUCAAACUGCUUCAAAAGUUUUUAUUCGAGCAUGUGAUUGAAACAAUUAAUGGGAAAUGGGAGAACGAACUGUUCACGGACACAAAUCGGUUGUACAGGUUAUAUGGUGAAAAUGAAGAUACGGAAAUCUCUUCAAGUUCAAUUCCUCUUAUUAAAAACAAAUUUCCAUCAAGACAAAUUAUUCUUUCGCCGCCAAUCUCGAGAAGAUUUGCCACCUCACCCAAACAAGAAAAGCCAACCCGAUCGAAUUGUUCAAUGAAGCUUCUUCCCAGCAAAGGUUGUGAACUGAGAUUUAUUCCUAAGUGUCUCCUUGCUGUAGUAGACUGAAUAUUUCUUUUGCUGCUUGAUUUAAGUAUAUGCGUGUUAUGUAUCUCGCUAGUUUCGCAAAGUGUUCCAUUUUAAUGUUAAUUGUUGAUCCACCAUUGUUUUUUUAGUAAUUAUGUCACUAGUAGCAUUGUGUUUAUUGCAAUAAAUAUAUUUGCUAAUUCAAA